AUAACAAUUCAUUGAGGAAUUAUUCUUCAUGUUGAAGACAACUAAUAGCAGUUCUUCCGAUUCUUUUUAUAAGAAACAAAUAGAACAAUUAACCAAAGAAAAGAAACAGUUGAAAGAACGCCUCGAGUUACUAGAAAGUGAAAACCAUGACUUGAGAAGAUCAGUUUUCGAACUAUCGGUUUCCAAAGCUUCCAAAGAAGAAGUUUUUGACUUGGAUGUUGCACUGAUUCCUACCAACGAAGACAACAACGAAUAUCGUACUUCCACCAACACAUCUUUUGAAGGUUAUUUGCAUAAUAUGGAGUGGGAUUGGAAAGAUCCUAGUAAAGGAGAAUCUGGUAGUUUUUCUAGGUUUGGUUGGAAGUUUGACUUGGCUGGACACUUGGGAGCAGUUUACGUUGUAGAAUUUUCAAAGUGUGGAAGACUCAUUGGAAGUGGUUCGCAAGAUAAGAGUCUUCGUAUAUGGCAGUUAGAUAAGCCUACUGAACCUGCUUUGUUGUUGAUGGACGCUCAUACUUCCAGUAUAUCUGACCUUUGCUGGAAUUCGGAUAGCACAAACUUGGCAACUUGUGGAUACGAUAGACAAGUGAAAGAAUGGAGUUUGGAAGAAGGAGCAACCAUCAAAUGGUUAGCUUCCUAUUCCUUAUCAGGUUUGGUACAGAAUGUAGAAUUUUGUAAGGGACAGCCUCAGUUGUUGGUCGCAAGUACCAGUCAAGGCAACAUUCAUAUGUUAGAUAGACGAACGCAAAAGUCCACGAAUGUGAUAACGAAUGAUUGUUCUGUCAAUUCUAUUUAUGUUCACUAUGAUGGUAUUUUGGUGACCAGUGGUGACCAUCGAGGUUAUAUCAAAAGAUGGGAUAUGCGUUACUUUUCCAAACCUUUGGAAGUAUUUUAUAAUAGCAAGCGGCCUAUAAGUCAUCUUGAAGUGUCAAGGCCUCGAGAAGAAGAAGAAGGACAAUAUUUAGCUGUUAAUGCGUUUGACAACACUAUUCGAGUCUACGAUAGAGGUGGUUAUUUAUUGGGUUCUAGUUGUACAGAUUCUUUAAAGUUGUUGCAUACUUUAAAAGGAAUCAAGAGUCAGAAUUGGCCUAUUCGUUGUUCUUUUUAUCAAGGAGCUGAUUUUCUGAGAUUCAUCAAGUCUGGGUUAAGUUCCAAAGACCGGUUAGAUACGAGAGAAGGCAAUCCUUUGAGUGGAAUUUCAUUCAGUAAUUCAGUCGCCAAUCAGACGAGUAACAUUCAUUCACUUGUUCCGCUUAGUAACUAUCGACCACAAGAAACACUUACUUUGGCAAGUGGUAGUGCCGAUGGAAAUAUUUAUAUUUAUGAUUGAUAGAGUUUAUGGAGUUUGUUUUCAUCCUACGGAGCCGAUCUUUGCUUCUUGU